AUGGCUCCAGAGAAACCCAACCUCCCAGACGACCUCAAGGACGACAAUCGAGAUGUCGCCGACUUGUGGAAAGAUGCUCUCAAGGCAUACAAGGGUAUUGUGGGUUUCGACCUUGAAAAGAAGUUUGACAGUGUGGAUGCCAUGAUUAAACAGGGGACCCAUGAGAUGAAUAAUUUUCACAAGUUUCGACACAAUGAGAAGAAAGUGGACAAGUUGAGGACGCUGUUUGCGACGAAUGUUGACUACAUUGAGAAGGGGGCUCAGCAACUUAUUGCAGCUGCUGUUCCAGCCUUUCCUCCGGCUGCUGCUAUCGGCACAGCCAUUACCUACAUGUUGGGGGCAUGUCGUCAAGUUUCUGCAGAUUACGAUGUUGUUGUUGUGUUCUUUGAGGACAUGAACAGCUUCCUUCAGCGGAUUGUCAUUCUUGAGACCAGACUACCCCAGUACAAGGCGUACCAGAACUGUCUGAUGGAUGUUUUUACGUCUUUUCUCAAGAUGUGUGGUUAUGCGCACAAGUACAUUGAGCUGGGUCGAUUCAAGAAAUGGAUCUCUAAUCUCCUCAAUGGCGAGGAUGGCGAACUUGGAGGCGCUCGAAAAUCGAUGGACAAGAAACUUGCACGCCUCCAAAACGCCACCGAGUUUGCAAUCCUGGGGAAUACCGAAGAGCUUCAGCGGAUGUCCCAGGAGCUCAAGACCAACCAAGAUUCGCACACCGCCAUGCUCCAACAGCAAAUGGAGGUCAUGGGAUCCAUCCGAGACACUACCGAAAACAUCCGCAAUGACAUGGCCAAGCUUCUCAAAGCGUUCAAUGAACAGAAGAAGGAAAAGGGCGGUGAGCGGGGAAGAACGGCGGCUGUUGACCAAAGCAAGCCACCAUCCGCUAAGCGUAUCCGCAACGUUUUGCCUGAAGUUGAGGGUGACGAUCACGAGUAUCACAUCCUGAAGGACACCAUCGUCAAGGAUACUUGUAACUGGGUCUUUAACGAGGCACAGUGGGAAGAAUGGAUGGCCAAGGAAUCACGCUCUCUUCUGGCAAUUACUGGCGAACCUGGCACGGGAAAGAGUCAUAUCGGAGCCACCGUGUACGAAAAGUUCCUCGAGGAGGCCCAAAAGGAUUCAAAGCAUACUUGUGCGGCUCACUUUUACUUUCGAGAGCAGAGCGAGAGCCUUUCAUACUUCAUUUAUGCUCUGAUCACCGUCAUAAACCAGGUUGUCGAGCAGAAUGCACCGAUCUGUGAGCUCAUCAACACAGAGUGGCUCAAAGAUGAGGUUGCGAUUGAUGUUUGGGACUGGGAUGAUCUGAUGCGGAAGCUUUUGGCUCCGGCUUUCAAGAAAGGUUCCAAGAAUCACUUGUACCUCAUGCUUGACGGCAUCGAUGAGCUCGAGGAUAUGGACACGCUCAUUGAGUUUCUGGAGAUUAUUAAGGAGCAAGAGCUGAGGAUCUCUAUUGUCACUACCUCGAGGCCCACUGUCCUACCCAAGCUAUCCGAGGUGGCUUCUGUUCUCAACAUCGAGGUCAACAAGGAGAAGCAGCUGGAUGAUCUCAAGGAACUGGUUUGGAACCGUCUCGACUCUCUGAGUGCUCUGCGCAACUUUGGCCGUUACGUGAAGCAGAGAAUUGCUGACAAGGUUCAAGAGUUUGCACCAAACAUGCUUUACGCUGAGCACAUGUUGCUCCAGUUGAAUGAUCUCGGCCGCGAAGGUGCUGUUCUUCGAAGCCUCGAUAAACCACUUCCAGGGGAUCUUCAUGAUCUUUACGAAGCUCUUCUUACAAAGUGCUACCGCCAUCUUGCAUCAAACCAUGAGUUUCUGGUCAACCGGCUUCUUCACUGGGUUGCCUAUGCUUUCCGUCCAUUGUCUCUCAAUGAGGUUGUGUCUCUGCUGAGCACCUGGGCUGAAGGGGGCGAAUCCGACAUUGAAGAGAUCCCUCGACCCCUGACCAAGUUUAUCCGAGUGGGAGACCCUGGAGCUGAUGCAGAGGCUCGAGCAAAGAUUCAAUCUCAAGGAGGAUGGGGCACUGCUGUGAACCAACUUGAAAAGACUCAGGAUGCUACCCCUGAUGCCAUCUACGACGACGGUACCCUCCCUGUCAAGUUUCACGAGCGUUCAAUGAGAUCCUUCUUCCGUGAGGCACCACGAAAGGAAGAAACGCAACGAUGGAAGCCGUCUGAGGCGCAUAGACAACUGUUUCUUGACUGUGCUAAGAUGGCUCGUAAGGAUAGCACUGUUAUUCCGUCACUCAGACAGUAUGCGACCCGGUAUCUCAUUAGCCACUGGAGGAAUAUCAAGCUCGAAGAGCACUCGGAUGAAGAGCAGGUCGAAGUCAUGGAGGCUUUUGCCCUAGCCCUUCUGAACAAGUACUCGUACUCCACCUUGUUGGAACAGCAAGAGGCUGGAUACAAGGAGAUCUUCCCAGAUGAUGUCUUUGGCAAGGUUUCUCAAUGGGCAAAGCUCAAGGUUACCCUCAGUCAAGAGGUUACCGAGUGGUGGGCAGAUUUGGCAGAGAAUCCUCGAAACUGUCUGGUUCCUCUUGCCAAAGCUCACCUCAAGGGGUUAUACAAUGCGAUCAACACUAAGGAGGCAGUUAAAAGGUUCAACAGAGUGAGAGAUGCACUGCAGCUUAGCAACAUGAACGAUCGACUUGUGGAACAAGCCAACAAGAACUUUGGAGAUGAGGUUGGAGAUACCUCAAAGCCUCUGUCUCCAGCACAGGCUUCCCUAGCCUUGGAGGACCUUUUUGAAGACAUUGAGAUGGGAGCAUCCGGCUAUCGUGCUGUUUCUACACUACUUCUCAACUUCAAGCACUACGGACCAGCUGAAGAGACUUGUCUCAAGGCUAUCGAGAAAGCAGAGGAUCCCUUGGAAAAGGUCAACUCUUAUGCAGCCAUGGGACGUAUCCUCAUUAAAGGAAACCCCGAAAAAGCCUACGAGUAUGCCAAGCUCUGCAUCGAAAAUCUUGAUCCCUCGAUGCCUCCUUGGGUCCAACGAUCGUCCAACGUCACCAAGGCAAGAAUUGAAGUCAAGCUGGAAAAGUUUGAGGCCGCUGCUGAGACUUAUACUCAAGCCAAGUUGGUUGAUCCUAACGGCUUGACCAUUGGAGACGUCCUCGAUGAAGAAAUUGCCAUCUUUUCCAACAACGAAGAAAGGAAAGGCUUCAUGGAUAUUCUCAAGAAAUGGAGCCCCUUGGAGAGAUUGACAUGGAUGGCCUGGCAACACGAAACCGAGGGCCCUGAUCGACACCGCGUUAUUCGAGAUGCUGCCAUCAAGGCUGGCGAAACGGAUUUCCUCAUUCAAAUGUAUGAGGAGUCGAUCAAGUACCUUGACAACGUCAAUGCAGCGGCACCUCUACGCUGUGACCUCGCAAUCGCUCAUCUAGAAGUUCAUGAUGAUCCUGCAACGGCUAGAAAGGUGCUGGACGAAGUCCUCGACAGUGGAUCUACAGGCUGGCCAUAUGCCGUAACAGAUGAACUCCCAGAGUACACUCUUGAGCAAGCUAUCGGUCAUCAGUCAGAGAUGAUCUACCGUCUGUUCCGACAGUCUCGCGAUCCAGAGGUCAAGAGGGAUCUCCUCGAGUCUCUUGAAGGCCUCCUGACGAGGCCCCUUCCUCUAGAUGUCCCUCCCAACUCUGACACCUAUUUGUUCCUGCGUAAUGUUACAAUGGCACGGAUGUAUCUCAAGAUGGGACCUGCUAGGGAGGCUCACAAGAGCCUUCAGGGGGUUAUCGACACCUGCAUCGAUGCUCUGAGCGACAAAGUGGGAUGGAAUGAUUCGGCUAACCUAAUCUUUCUUGCUACAGCCUUGUCCAUCAUGGCUGGAGCUGUCAAGAAUGGGGACAAACUCAUCAGAAUGGCCCGAAUUCUUGUCUCGGCUAGAUUCAGUAGUCUGACCCCUGACGCAGAGGACGAAAGUGAGAGUGAAUCUGGAGAUGAAUCCGAGAGUGAGUCUGAAUCUGAUGGCAAUGGAGAGCCUGCGGAAGACUCGGAUGAAGAGGAACUGGAGCUGCCUACUAACGAAGGAGAUCUCCUUGGAGAUUUUGGUGUCCAAAUUUGUGACGGACCGUGUAUCCCCAACAAGCACUUUUACUGGUGGGGAGAUAGGUCUGCAUAUCAGUGCUUGAUCUGUUUUGAAGGAUUUCUCUGUGAGGAAUGCUAUGAGAAGAGACAGGCUGCAAACAAGGGGGAACCCCUGAAAUGUCGUCACUUUUGUGGACAGGACCAUGAGUACAUCAAGGUGCCCAUUGAAGGAUGGAAGGGUGUCAAGGAUGGCAAAGUAAUGAUUGAGGGAGAGGAGCCAGUUGAGUUUCAAGAGUUGUUGCGGCAGAUUCGAGAUGAUCUGUGCAAGGAGGCAUGGGACUCAUUCUGGUACGGCUAG